GUUCUCUUUCGGAUAAGCAGAGGGCCUCUCUCUCUCUCUCUCUCUCUCUCUCUUCUGCUUUCAGUUUCAGAACACCCAAAAACCCAGGACUCUCAACACUCAAAAGAAUUCGGAAAAAUAGUCUUUUGUUGAAUGCCUUGCAUGUUGUUUGCAUCUUUUUCCCAAGAAACAAACAGAAAAUGCUUCUCCACGUAAACACCAAUAUUCCAUCCCCAUCUUCUCUUCUUCUUCGGCAUCAGCGGCAGCAGCACCACCGUGGCCUUUCUCAUUCUACUCACUUCCUCCUCCCAUUUGGGUCUUCUCUCAAGCCGAAGCCCCACAAGCUCUCUCUUCAGGCCAUUUUUCAGAGCUCCAAAGAAUCGCUUUUGACAACCUCUCCAAUGAAUGCCAUUAGAUUCCCUAAGUUUCAGAUACUCCAAAGGGAAUUGGCAAUGGAAUCCCUUGCCCCAACGAAAUUCGACAAAUUUUUUAGGAACCUUUUGACUUUUGAGGAUAUUGAAGUUAUGAAAAGGCAAUUUCUUUGUGCCUCCACACUUUCGGUUGGACAAACCUUAGGGAUGGUUUCUGCACCAGUGGCGCAAGCUAGGGAUCAUAUGAAAACAAAUGAGAUUUAUGAGGUUGGAGAAUUAUUUGAAUUGGGCAUCCAGCUAUCAUACUUGCUAUUAUUAUUAGGUUUUCUUGGGGUUGGAACAUUCUUUGUGAUUCGACAAGUCCUUGUGCGUAGAGAGCUGGAUCUUUCUGCCAAGGAAUUGCAGGAACAGGUAAGAAGUGGUGAUGCCAGUGCAACUGAGUAUUUCGAACUAGGUGCAGUGAUGCUGAGAAGGAAAGUUUACCCAGCUGCUAUCAAAUAUUUGCUUCAAGCAAUUGAGAAUUGGGAUGGAGAUGAUCAAGAUCUUGCCCAGGUUUACAAUGCCCUCGGUGUCAGUUAUAUCCUUGAAGGGAAGCUUGACAAAGGAAUUAGUCAGUUUGAAACUGCCGUGAAACUUCAACCUGGUUACGUUACAGCAUGGAACAACCUUGGCGAUGCCUAUGAAAAGAAGAAAGAGUUCAAGUCAGCUCUAAAGGCAUUUGAAGAAGUGCUUCUUUUCGAUCCUAACAACAAGGUGGCACGGCCAAGAAGAGACACUUUAAAGGAAAAGGUGGAAAUGUUGAAGGGAGUUCCUGUGAAAUCAAAAGAAAGGUAAUCUUGGGCAGCAUGUAUUAAAUUCUUACACUUAUCCGUGGUUUUAUGAGAAUAUUAUCUAUCUAAGACAUUAUUUUCAAGAUAGCCGAUAGAAAUGAUGUUCCAUUGACUUGCAAUGGUUUCCUGGAAAAAGGGUCUGGGUACUUGUUAUUUCCUUCUGUAUUUUCUUAACAUCCAAGAAGUGUAAUUUAUGUUUAUCAUAGAAUCUAAAACUUGUAGAGUCUUUAUAGUAACUAGUACAAAAAGAACCCAAUUAUGUAUUUUAACUAUGUUUCUCUAACUAAAUACUUUUGAUAAUUGAAAAGCAGAAUUAUGUGAUUUAGCAAA